GUCCAUCGGGCUGUCACAAAGGACGGCAUGGAUGUUGCUAUGAAAAUACAGUACCCAGGUGUUGCUGAUAGCAUUGAGAGUGAUAUUGAUAAUGUGAAACUUCUAUUAGGUUACACAAAUCUAAUACCAGAAGGGCUGUACCUUGAAAAUGCUAUGAAGGUGGCCAAAGAAGAACUCUUUCGUGAAUGCGACUAUGAGCUGGAAGCGAAGAGCCAAAAAAGAUUUGGCAUUCUAUUAUCUGGCGCGAAGGGAUUUUAUGUUCCAGUGGUCAUAGAUGAUUUGUCAAGUAAACGAGUACUGACUUCAGAACUUGUCCCUGGAAUUCCAAUUGACAAGGUGGCGUUACUGGAUCAAGAGACUCGAAACUACGUCGGAAGGAAAUUGCUCGAGCUUACUCUGAUGGAGUUGUUUGUUUUUCGUUUCAUGCAG